AUGGAGAACGACAAAGGUGUCCUCGUCGACCUUUACAUCCCCCGUCACUGCUCUGCCACCAACCGACUAGUCACCGCCAAGGACCACGCCGCCAUCCAGAUCAGCGUCGCUGAUGUCAACGCCGAGGGAAAAGCUGUCAAGGGAUCCGGGACCACCAUUGUCAUUUGUGGGAGGAUCAGGGCGCAAGGAGACAGCGAUGACUCUAUCAACCGUAUUGCGACCAAGGACGGAUUGCUGAAAAACGUAUGGAGCUACUCUCGCUAGACGUUGAUGGUAUGAGCAUGUAUGAUCGUUCGCAUUGCUUACACGGGGGAGCGACCCGUUCCUUCCACUUGCUCUGUCGCGAGGCUCGGAUACCUGCGGUCGGCGGUGGGGAGAGUCCAGCAGUCUCGAUGGGAUGUACCAGUACGAGUACUCGUAGGUUCAAGCAAACCCAGGGGUACAAAGCUAUUCUUCGAUAGUCCGAAACAUGAGACAUUCUGCUA